AUGUGCACAGAUGUGGACGGCGUGAGGGUCUGUCUGAGACGGAGGAAGCAGGGCAGCACGCCGCGGACACACUGCGCUCGGCAGCAGCAUGUUCUGCGCCAAGCUGAAGGAGCUGAAAUUCAGCGGAGAGUGUCCUUUCUCCAAGGCGGCGGCGAGCCAAGCGCGGGCCGACCCGGGAGAGCGCGAGCGCGAGCGCGAGCGGGAGCGCGCGGCGGCGGGCGCCGUGCCCGUGCUCAGGGAAGUGCACGCGGCCGCGAAGGCGGACCCCCGCGGGCGCGCGACGGGCAGGUGCAAGGUGAACCUGCACACGCUGGGAGAGAGCGUCCGCAAGUUAGUGUGUCCGGAGUUUGACAGGCUGCACACCGCUUUCCUUAGAAUGAUCAAACAGCAUGCAUUAGACAUGAUGAUGUGCCAAAAUACAGGCUGUAGAAAUGCGGAGGGCUUGACGGAGCUCAUGGAGACGUACUCCCUGAAGUCGGGUAUUCCGAUGGAGAGCGUCAAAGUGUCACUGGGGGUCGAGGUUUUUAAAGCGUGCUACGAGGAGGAUGGACAUAUUUUGGGCGUUGUGGGGGGAGCCCUGCACGACUUCCUGAACAGCUUCAACGUGCUUUUAAAACAGAGCACGCCGCAGAGUUCGGGCAGUGCGGGCUGCGCCAAGGACGCCUCCGUGCUCUGCCUGGAUAAGGACCCGGGCCAGCUGACCGUGUACUACUUCGACCCUCACGAGGCGACCGAGCUUUUCUUCCCGGGCAUCAUCAAGGCGGCCGCCAGCGUGCUCUACCAGACGGACGUGGAGGUGACCAUGGAGCCCUCGUGCUGCAAGGAGAGCACCCUGCAGUCCCACCGCCAGCCCCACCUGCUCUACUCCGUGGUGGUGACCAACGCCAAACGUCUCACCCCAAGUCCUCUGAAGGCGCAGUCCCCGGUGGAUAUACCCAUGUCCUUCUUCAACUCCACGUUCCCGUUCCACGUCCUCUUCGACCGCGACAUGAACUUGCUGCAGAUCGGAGACGGCCUGAGGAAGCGGUUGAACCGCAAAGAUGUCCAGAGGAAGCCGGUGUUUGAGGACCAUUUUCUCAUAGUGUCCCCGCAGAUCAGGGCGAACUUCCAAAGUAUUUUAGCCAUGCUGAACACGCAGUUUGUUUUAAAGAUAAAGCACGGCACCGGCACCGCGGACGGCACGACUAAGCUCAUGGACCUCAAAGGACAAAUGAUCUUCGUUUCAGAGUCCAACUGUAUUUUGUUUCUGGGCUCGCCAUGCGUGGACAAGCUGGAGGAGCUCACGGGGAGGGGUCUCUACCUCUCGGACAUCCCGAUCCACAACGCCCUGCGGGACGUGGUGCUGGUGGGAGAGCAGGCCAAGGCUCAGGAUGGCCUGAAGAAGCGCCUGGGGAAGGCUAAGACAGCCCUGGAGCAGGCCCACCGCGCUCUGGAGGAGGAGAAGAAGAGGACGGUGGACCUCCUCUUUACCAUAUUCCCGGGCGUGGUGGCACAGAAGCUGUGGCAGGGCCAAGCCGUGCAGGCCAAGAAGUUCGAUAACGUCACCAUGCUGUUCUCCGACAUCGUGGGCUUCACGGCCAUCUGCUCCGUGUGCACCCCGAUGCAGGUGGUCACCAUGCUCAAUGAGCUCUACACCAGGUUUGACCACGAGUGCGGAGAGCUGGACGUCUAUAAGGUGGAGACCAUCGGAGAUGCGUACUGCGUGGCGGGCGGUCUCCACAAAGAGAGCCAGACGCACGCCGUCCAGAUCGCGCUGAUGGCCCUGAAGAUGAUGGAGCUGUCUGACGAGGUCAUGACCCCCACAGGAGAGGUCAUCAAGAUGCGAAUCGGCCUCCAUUCGGGCUCCGUCCUCGCCGGUGUCGUGGGUGUUAAAAUGCCUCGCUACUGCCUUUUUGGGAACAAUGUCACGCUGGCGAAUAAGUUCGAAUCGUGCAGCCUCCCGAGGAGAAUAAACGUCAGCCCCACGACUCACAGACUCCUCAAGGAGCGACCGGAGUUUGUAUUCACACCCAGGACCCGGGAGGAUCUCCCGCCAAACUUCCCCUCCGAUAUUCCUGGGGUGUGCUACUUCCUGGAGGCGUUCGAUCAACAGGCGGCGGCACCGCCAGGGACUCGGCAGCCCACGAUUACAGCAGCACGCACUUCAUGGCAGAGCAGAUGUAGUGCACACGACAGGCUUGUUCUGCGCAUUGUGCCGGGGCAUUGCUGCAGGUUCAUGGGGGUCAAGUAAUUCUGAAGAUUACUCUCGAGUCACUAAAUGUGAUAAUCAGCCUUUGUUUUAAAGCAUUCGUUGUGCACGGUUGGAUUCACAUUGUGAUACCAUGUAACUAUCCUUUUAACUUCUGCACAAUGGAGUUUGCAUAAUGCUCUGUAAAUGUAAUACUGACACAUAGUUAGACCACGAUGAAUGAUUUACUAUUCCAACAAAUGUUUAUUACAGCCAUUAUUUCCUCAUUGUUUCAGAACUAUAAUAAACAUGAUUCCAUAAAA